AAAUGUAGCAAUGAAGAGAAUGGUUCACUUAUCUCUAUGGAAACCGAACAAGAAUGGCACUUUGUCAAGAACUUAAUCAAAAAGCGAAAAAAGACACGUUGGUUCAUUGGCUUGAAAAGAGUUAAUGGAUCUCAUACGUGGAGCUGGUUGAGUGAAAGCGUAGCUUGGGUCAACGAUAGCUCAACUGGAGCAUGGCGUUGGAGGAAAGGAGAACCAAACAAUUUUGAAACAGAAAAAUGCGGAGAGACGACGAAAAACGGAAAGUAUAACAACAUAAAGUGCCAAGGAGACAAUUAUGAUGACAAUCCAGGAUAUAUAUGUGAAAAACAAGUCAGUAAGUUCAUGAUCAUGUCGAAGCUAUGUUAACCCAAUUAAAAAUCACAGUAAGAAAAGAAAAAGUUGUAAGCGAACUUUGAUUUUGAAGCGAGUGACUCGUACUCAUAUUUUCUUCCUAGAUUGUUCCACCAUAUCCAACAAUCCAGAAAAUAAUGAUAUUUUCCUUGAGAGAACAACAAGACCUCGAUCAACCCCCCAACCGUUGGUCACAAAGACAACGUCCAUCUCAUCACUCAGAACUCAAAUGGCGUAUACUUGGAAUAAGCUGCCUUCAGAAGGUAAGAUUUACUUCGACGGAAAUUUGACAUCUAAUAUAACCCUAAUCUAUUACACAGUGCUUGACGGGUAUCGCACUUCCAAACUCCCCUCCCCUCCCUGUCCACUUUAAGAAAGUGGAAACACUAAAUAUAAAUUCUAUAUUAUAAAGAGGGGGAUGAAAGAAAGGAAAAUCCCUUUUGGCGAGUACUUUAGCCAUCCCUCUUUAUGUUUGGCAGUCGCUGUAGCCCUUAUCAUGAUAUACCGUAUAGAGAUCCCACAGUCCUUCAGAAAAUAUAAAUCAGCAAUCUGUUAAAGGAAACUUUGAUGAAUAUAUUAAAAUAAAAUUAGUUGAUUUUUUACCUUGAUCGUAUCGACAGCUCGACAGUUUUCUUAUGAACAGUUUUAAUCGUGUAUGAGUUUUCUGCUGGCGAAUUCCUUCAAUAUUUACCGUUAAAGUGGAGACUUUUGAGGUGAAAAAGUAGAAGAUUUUAUGAAAGAAAAGCAGGCAAUAUUAUUGUUGAAAGAUUGAGACUUUAAAUGAGGGUAUCAGUUUAUGUCGAAAUGGAUCAAAAAGCGCUUUGCACAUUUUAUGGAAUUAUUUGUAUAAUAAAAAUGUAAUCACAAAUUUCUCCUACGUGCGUGAUGAGCGAACCAUGGAAGUUGUUUGGACACAAUAUCACUCCAGUUUGCAAUUAAAUUGAGCAAGGCCGAAUAAACUACACCGAGCAAGUAUGAUUUACGAGGUGACAAGCGUUAUCUGAUCCCUUUUUCGUUUAACUGACCAGGAUACUCUAUUUUAGGGUGAUGUUGAAUGUUUUCCACAAUUUGUUGACAUUUUGAAUACUUACAAGGAAACAAAUGGAACGAUCGGAUAUAUCGGCGUCUGUCAUUUAUACACUCCAACUUUUUCUUUUCCUACUUAUGGCUUCUCAUUUGGUUUCGCAUUUCUUUCGGACGCGAAGUAACAUAAUUUACCACAAAUAUGAUAGAUGCUCAGGUGACUGUAAGUUGGCAUUGUUUCCGAUCCAUUCCCCAAAUCCUAAAGCAUGUUUAGAUAUUCCGGUACAAGUCACUCGUCAUUACAACAUUGUGAGCAUGUAAGUGAAAUAAAUUGAGGUAUGUAAUAGGUUCGUGGGUAGAACUGGAAGUAAUGAUUUCUACAAUCAAUUUUCUCGAUUGCCUCAGGGUCGUUUUGGAGGCCACAAACACUUAAAAGUACUCGUUUUAAAGAAUCAACAACAAAGGUGGCAAAACCCCGCCCCCAACCAACAAAUGCAGCAUUUUCUACACUGCAAAACUGACACACAUUUAAAUCCCUAACACAAGGUACAAUAUAACCAUAUUGACGUCUAUGUCUAUUAUUAUAAACGUCUAUAUGCUUCUAGUUAUUUUUAUGCAUAUCUUAAUUAAUCUCUAUUUGAUUGCUAUAUAAUUUCAUUUCCUCACUUGGAACAUACUGAUUACGGAAUACGCCUCUGGGUAAUAAAAUCCAACAUUGCUCUCUCUAUAUAACAUAGAAGUGAUGUUAUCACGAGUGACGUCUCCUUAUUCCCCAAAACCUAUUUUAUAAACCAACAAUAAAUUUUAUUAUGACAGUGUGAGGUGUACCGUAUAAUAACUUCUUCCACGAGUUGACAAGGGAAACAGAGGAUAUCGGUUUUAGAAAAAGACGAGUGUAAAAAAGCUGAAAAUCUGAAUAAAAAAGUUUCGGGCUGGAAGGAGUAGAAAUGUAACUCGUGAGUUGACAAAAUAUCUGACUUUUAAUAUUCUUUGAUCGAUCACAUUGCGUUAAAAGCAACAUUCUAUUUCACUUGGGUAUUGAAGUAUUUUUUUUAGAACCUUUUUUUUCGUUAGUGUCCAUUGAAACCUUCUAGGUUCAAUCAGCCUUCGCCUCUCAGAAAACAAUUUGAUGAAUAUUUUUCUUUUUUCUCUCGUUCAGGGACUACGUUUGAGAAUACCGUUAGUGAAUCUUCUCCGCAAAAUGGUUCAACUCGCGGGCUAAACCUGGUGUUGAUCGUCAUAGUGCUUUUAGCCAUUUUUAUCUUGGCAAUCGCAAUCGUAUUCGGAAUAUCAUUUUUUCGGCGACACCAAGGCCAUAAGAAGCAAGGCAAGUUUCUUGCAUUAUUUGCCUAUUUGCUUAUCUUUUUGUUUUUUGAAUUAUGAUAAGCCGAUUAAUUAUCGAAGCACGAAGUGGAAGUCAUUUUCUUGUCUAGCAUAGUACACUUCUUAGCUGAUGUGAAGUCUUUAGCUUCUUCACGAGACUAGUUCUGCCAUUAAAUGGUAUAUUUUUCAUGACAAAAUGCAUCGAUACAUCCUCAUUACACUCGUUCAUUAUCUAUACCCCCUCCUACAGAUUUCACUAUUCAAAAUAGCAUAAUAGAAUUUGCCACUGUCUCGCAUUUCGCAGGUUCGUUCGGUUUUAUUCAAAUGCUAUUUGAUUGUACCUUGAUCCUCUAUGUUUAAGGUGGAUUCUUCGACAAGCAUUUUAUGGUGUUUUUGGUUUUUUCGAAGACCGAAAGUGUAGAGGAGUUCCCAAAGUCAUAGACAACCAACCGAGCUCUUUUAAUACCUCCAGUUUUCUACUCAAUUUCAGUGAAUAUGUUAAAAUUUGAAUAAAUAUAUAUCAUUAACAUAUUUGCAAAAAUCUUCCCGAGAAAGUGGUAAAAGUAUCUAAGGGGGAACAAAACCCCUUACUUCCAAUUGGAAAAUAGGAUCUCGUCCCCUCCCUGUUGUGCUUUGGGAGGGGAGGGUGCGUAGAUUGUAGAUCGGAGGGUUGUUUAUACCUUAUCUUCGCUUGUUAUUAACAUGUACAUUCUUCCUUUUUUUUUUUUUUUUUUUUUUUUUUUAAACGGCGACAACGUUAUUGGUGUAUUUUAACAUGAAAACAACUUUACGGCAAGUAGUAUACAUUAAUGUUCGUUGUUUUUAAUGAAGUAAUCAAAUCUUAUUCCUCCAGAUUUUAAACGCCGAAAGUCAAGAAGUUUAUUAAUAAAUCAUCCGGAAAAUUAAGUGUCCAUCAGAAACUUGUAAAUAAUGGCAGAAAAUGUUGGCUUUGAUUUAAAGCUGCUCUGGAUCUUAAGAUUAUCACUAAAAUAAAACAGACAAAAACUGUGCAAAUGUAUCCACGAGGCUUCUCUUUCAGUGGCAGUUAUCAAGUGAUAAUAAUUAUCAUUUUUAUUGUCUAGACAAUUAUAGAUUUUUUUUCCUUCUUAACUCAUUUGUGCCGAAAAAUUGUAACCUUUUCUCUACGGAAAAUUUGAGUGUUAUCUCCAUUGGAUGCAUCCUAUUUUCUUUAAAGUGUGCAUGUGACUUACAUCCUAAAAAGUAUGUUACUUCUUUCCUGAAAUUUACGUUCGAGGGCAGAAUACGACUCUACACUCAAACAGAAGUGCAAAAAUUUGAGCUUUAUGAAUAUAUUCUAAUAUAUCUUAAUCCCGCUAAGUGAGAGAAGGUAUCAUUUUGCCUUACAGAUCACCUUCAGAUCACCUUCGCGAUCGGGUCACUUGCACUUACGAGGUACCCCCGAGUUCCGAACUGCAAUCGAUGGAUCCUGUGUUUGGCCAACAAAUACAGAGUUCCGCCGAGGUUACUGUUCACCUAACCCUUUCAAAAACCGAAUCUGGGCCGAUCACCCAUGAUCCAGCGAGCGGCUGCAAAAAAGAGUGCGAGCACUAUCACCUAGACGAGACUAAUCGUAGGUCAUGGUCAAUGAGCGAGGAAUGUUCAGAUAUUCAGGAAAAAGCACGAGAAAACACAGUGUUGGUAAGUGGUGAGAAAGGAAUACAGCAGCCACUUGCUUUGUGCGAUAAAAAAGUAGAAGGAAAAGAUUACGUAUACGCUGUUGUUCAUAAAGAAAGAAAAGGCGGAGCCAGUUCUGGAGCAAGCACUCUCAAAAAAUCAUCGGACCGCCCUCAGGAAGGAACAGGGUUACCUGUGAACCGGAGGUCCUGUGUCGAUUGUAAUGAUCGUUCUUCGCAUCCAACUGAUUCAGGACUCGACAAAAACACGGAGGCUGCAGAGAGCGAGACACCUCAGGCUGGCGGAAACAGUGAAUAUUUGUACGCAGCUGUUGACAAGACGAAAAAGAAGAAACCGCCAGAG